AAUCCUCAAAGAAUGUUGAAUUGCAAUUGGAGUAUUUGCCGAUUAAACCCAAUUCCUCCUCCUCCACUCUCACCAUUUCCACUACCCAUCACCAAAACCCUAAAAUCGUUCCCAAAUCGACCUCCAUAUCGCUUCAUGGCAUCCACAACUCAACAACAUCAAUCGACUUCUGACUUUCUGAUGCUCAGACCAUAUCAUCAUCCUCCAUGGGCAUCUAAUCUCAAUCCAAUUCCUUCUCACGCCUUCUCUCUUGGACAUUUUCCAACUCCAAUUCACAAAUGGAACCUUCCCAAUUUGCCCAAGGAUACUGAGGUUUGGUUGAAGCGUGAUGAUCUUUCAGGUAUGCAAUUGAGUGGGAACAAGGUCCGCAAACUUGAAUUCUUGUUAGCAGAUGCUGUUGCACAAGGAGCAGACUGCAUCAUAACUAUUGGCGGCAUUCAAAGCAAUCAUUGUCGUGCAACAGCUGUCGCUGCCAAGUAUUUGAACCUAGAUUGUUUUCUAAUUCUACGAACCUCAAAGGCUCUUGUGGACAAAGACCCUGGAUUGACAGGGAACCUCUUAGUGGAACGAUUGGUUGGUGCUCAUAUUGAUCUUGUAUCAAAGGAAGAAUAUUCAAGAAUUGGAAGUUUGACACUUACUAAUUUGUUGAAAGAGAAGUUGAUAAAAGAAGGAAGAAAACCUUAUGUCAUUCCGGUUGGCGGAUCAAAUUCCCUCGGGACCUGGGGAUAUAUUGAAGCAAUUAGCGAGAUUGAGCAGCAGCUUCAGAAAGGGACCAGCAGAACAAGCUUUGAUGAUAUUAUUGUAGCGUGUGGCAGUGGUGGUACGGUUGCUGGUUUGUCAAUGGCUUCAUGGCUAAGCGAACUUAAAACAAAAGUUACGGCGUUCAGUGUAUGCGACGACCCCGAUUACUUUUAUGAUUAUGUCCAAGGUCUACUUGAUGGACUUGAAGCCGGAAUCAACUCACGUGAUAUAGUCAAAAUUGAAAACGCCAAAGGACUCGGCUAUGCCAUGAGUACAGCCGAGGAGCUUAAAUUUGUGAAGGAAGUUGCUGAAACUACUGGUGUGAUUUUGGACCCUGUUUACAGCGGAAAGGCAGCUUAUGGAAUGAUGAAAGACAUGGCACAAAAUCCGACCAAGUGGGAAAGCAGAAAGAUCCUCUUUAUACACACCGGAGGCCUCCUUGGUUUGUUUGACAAAGCCGAAGAAAUUGCCUCAUCGGUCGGAGGAUGGCGUAGAAUGGACCUCGAUGAGUCUAUCCCACGAAAAGAUGGCACCGGGAAAAUGUUCUAAACAUGGUAAGCAAUACCCGCAACCGUUCGAUCGGUCCAAGGUUGAGACUUUGGCAUUGAUGAAGCGUUUCUAUUUAUGGAUCACAAAGGGUAAAUUGGUAAUUUUAGGAGCUCAUGUGUUAUUUUCCUUUGCAAUGAAUGUAACAAAAGCCAUGAAUAUAUAAACCUAUAAUGGAUAUAUUAGUGUCUCUUGGCUCUUUUACAUGACAAUGAUUGCAGGAGGAUUCAAUAAAAGUUGUGUUUCAACUGUA